AUUACAAAUACUUAGAAUCUUUAUUUCAUAGUUUCCCUUCAUAGAAAAAAAAAACACACACACAAUUUUUCCAUCUUCUUAAUUAAGGAAAAAAAAAUGUUGAGAUUGAUAACAGGCAGAAGAGGAGCAAGUGGAUUUGGGUCAGCUUCAACUGCUGAGGAGGUUACUGAUGGUGUUGAUGCUACCGCUCUCACGGUUAUUAUUACAGGAGGUGCAAGCGGCAUCGGUUUGGAGACAACACGAGUUUUAGCUCUGAGGAAAGCCCAUGUUAUUGUUGCUGCAAGAAAUAUGGAGGCUGCAAAUGAAGCAAAACAACGCAUUUUGAACGAAAACAGAACUGCACGUAUUGAUAUUCUGAAACUCGACCUCAGCUCAUUGAAAUCGGUCAAGGCAUUUGCAGAUAACUUCUUAGCACUUAACCUUCCUCUCAACAUCUUAAUAAACAAUGCAGGUAUCAUGUUCUGUCCAUUUCAGCUUUCUGAGGAUGGAAUAGAGAUGCAAUUUGCAACAAAUCAUCUUGGUCAUUUCUACUUGACUAACUUCCUUCUAGACAAAAUGAAGGAAACAGCAAAAUCUACUGGUAUUGAAGGUAGAAUUGUGAAUUUGUCAUCAGUAGCUCACCUAGUUUGCCCUCGUGAAGGAAUACGAUUCCACAAUAUCAACGACAAAAACAGUUAUCAGGACAAAGUGGCCUAUGGACAAUCCAAAUUAGCCAACCUACUACAUGCCAACGAGCUAGCUCGCCGCUUGCAGGAAGAGGGAGCAAAUAUCACUGUCAAUUCAGUUCAUCCGGGUCUGAUAAUGACGAAUCUCAUGAGACAUUCAGCCUUUUUGAUGAGAAUCUUAAGGGUUUUCACUUGUUUACUGUGGAAGAAUGUCCCUCAGGGGGCAGCUACAACUUGCUACGUCGCCCUCCAUCCAAGUUUAAAGGGAGUGACUGGAAAGUACUUUUCUGAUUGCAAUGAGUAUAAGCCAAGCAAGCUUGCACGAGACGAAGUGUUAGCUAGGAAUCUUUGGGAUUUCAGCAACAAUCUGAUAAAUGCAUCUCAAAAGAUUAUUGAUAAGUAGAAGAGAGUCAUUGGAAAUCCUGCAAGUUGUUAUUACUACAAUUUUGCAUUCAUAUGUUGUGAAACUGUUGUAUAAGGUAGUAGCUUUAAGCUUAUCUGGUUCUGUUCCCAAUUUAUAGUCUAUCUGUGUAUGUUUCUUUAAGUUAUCUUGCUCAUGUUUUAAAUGUAUCUAGAAUUUUAGUUUUUUGCUCUCUUUUCGAUUCUCUAUUGACCUUGUAAUGACUGUGAAAACGUCUAUUAAAUUUUAGUUGAACCUUU